UAGGUAGUGACAUGCACUUCAUAACACCAGAAAUGCAUCAAUCGAAUGGUCAGGUGGAGAGAUAUUGCCGCACUGUACUGAACAUGAUCAGGAUAGAGACUAACUUCCGAAACAAUGAGUGGUCCAGUGUAAUGUGGAAAUUACAACUAGUACUGAAUAUAACGAAACACAAGACCACUCAGUGCUCCCCACUCAACUUAUUGGUUGGCAUCGAUGGUGCUACCCCAGUUAUACGCAGCCUGGUUAGAGACGUAGCGCUUCAAGGGUCACGACCGAAUAGGGAGGCUUUGCGUGAAAUGACAAGGCAGCGUGCCUCAGAACGUUUGGUUCAAAAUAAAACAAACCAGGACGACUCUGUAAAUAAAGGACGCACUCAGCCAAGACACUUUGAGAUUAAUUCACUUGUGUUUGUAGUGAAGAACGCGCAGAUGACUGGGAAACUUGAUUCCGGUAUGCGCGGGCCUUAUCGAGUCGUGAAGGCUCUUCCCCACGGGCGGUAUGAGCUUAAGUUGGUGACUGACUCAUACGGCAAGACCACCCAAGCGGCUGCCGAGUACAUGAAGCUCUGGAGAGGCGAGUGGACUCCUGAAGUGUGUGCUGCAUACUUUGAGGACGCAGACCAUGAAGCUGACGAGCCCACUAACCCAGAGGCUUCAGCUGGGAGUCCGAUGGAGUCACAGCCAAGCACAUCAAGGAAGGCUGACAAUGGAGCAGACGAGUCCACUCAUCCGAAGGCCUCAGCUGGGAGCCUGUUGGAGUCCCAGCCAAGUACCUCAAGGAAGGCCGAGGACGACCUUCUGUCAGGAGCGGCCGUGUUGGGGAAUUGAGCCUGCCGAGUCACGUGGUCAGAGGCUGGCCACCCUGUCUACGUCAUCGCUGACGCGUCGGGCGGGGGAAGUCGCCUCACGGUGGCGCGCGGGCAGCUCUUUCACUUUUUCCUGGCGCUUGAGCGGAGCGGUCGUGUCAACCAUUCGUUAGGACUAGGUUAUUUUCGGUUAC